GGAGGGGAGGGUUCGAUUCCGGUCUGGUUGAGGCUGGAGAGGAGGUUCUGAUGGUGCCGCCCGGGAAGCCCACGUCCCAGGCCUCGCGCGGCCGGGGCGCAUCGCUGUGCCACCUCUCCGGCCGCGCCUGGUUUCCAUAGCGACCGCAGAGCAGAGAGCGGAGGCUGCUGCGGCAGGACCGGGCCUAGUCCUCCCGCCACCGGACGCGCACCUCCGGCCCGGGAGCCGGGCGGGUGGCAGGGGCUUCGGGGUCGGCGGGGCCGCGCUCUGCACGCGAGCGGCCGGAGCACCCGCGCCGAGGACCGCCGGCCAGGAGAGCCCGCCGGUUACCGUAACCGUGUCAGCUGGACCAGCGGCUGCCUGCUGGCCUGUUUGCCGGUGUGCGCUUGGGGAGCAUGGAGGAGACGAAGACCCAGACGACGAACCGCGCUCACGUCCUCUUUGACCGGUUUGUACAGGCCACCACCUGCAAGGGGACCCUCCGGGCCUUCCAGGAGCUCUGUGACCACCUGGAACUGAAGCCUAAGGACCACCGCUCCUUUUACCACAAGCUCAAGUCCAAGCUGAACUACUGGAGAGCCAAGGCCCUCUGGGCAAAGUUGGACAAGCGGGGCAGCCACAAGGACUACAAGAAGGGGAAGGCGUGUACAAACACCAAGUGUCUCAUCAUCGGAGCCGGCCCCUGUGGUCUCCGCACGGCCAUUGAUCUGUCCUUAUUGGGCGCGAAGGUAGUCGUUAUUGAGAAACGAGAUGCCUUCUCCCGCAACAACGUCUUGCAUCUCUGGCCAUUCACCAUACAUGACCUGCGAGGUCUAGGGGCCAAGAAGUUCUAUGGCAAGUUCUGUGCUGGAGCCAUUGACCACAUCAGUAUACGCCAGCUUCAGCUAAUACUUUUGAAGGUAGCCUUGAUCCUAGGCAUUGAAAUCCAUGUCAACGUGGAGUUCCAAGGACUCGUACAGCCUCCAGAGGACCAAGAAAAUGAACGGAUAGGUUGGCGGGCACUGGUGCACCCCAAAACCCAUCCAGUGUCAGAAUAUGAAUUUGAAGUGAUCAUCGGCGGGGAUGGCCGCAGGAACACCUUGGAAGGAUUUCGUCGGAAAGAAUUCCGUGGCAAGCUGGCCAUUGCCAUUACAGCAAAUUUUAUUAACCGAAAUACAACAGCAGAAGCCAAAGUGGAAGAGAUCAGUGGUGUGGCUUUUAUAUUCAAUCAAAAAUUUUUCCAGGAACUGAGGGAAGCCACAGGGAUCGAUUUGGAAAACAUCGUCUACUAUAAAGAUGACACGCACUAUUUUGUUAUGACAGCCAAAAAGCAGAGUUUACUGGACAAAGGAGUGAUACUGCACGACUACGCCGACACUGAGCUCUUGCUCUCCCGGGAGAACGUGGACCAAGAGGCUCUGCUGAACUACGCCAGGGAGGCCGCGGACUUCUCCACCCAGCAGCAACUGCCGUCCCUGGACUUUGCCAUCAAUCACUAUGGACAGCCCGACGUGGCCAUGUUCGACUUCACGUGCAUGUACGCCUCUGAGAACGCAGCUCUGGUGCGGGAGCACAAUGGACACCCUUUGUUAGUGGCUCUAGUUGGGGACAGCCUACUAGAGCCUUUUUGGCCGAUGGGAACAGGAAUAGCCCGGGGCUUCCUAGCUGCUAUGGACUCGGCCUGGAUGGUGCGAAGUUGGUCUCUAGGAAGGAGCCCCUUGGAAGUCCUGGCAGAGAGGGAAAGCAUUUAUAGGUUGCUGCCUCAGACCACCCCUGAGAAUGUGAGUAAGAACUUCAGCCAGUACAGCAUAGACCCUGUCACCAGAUACCCCAACGUUAACGUCAACUUCCUCCGGCCAAGCCAGGUGCGUCACUUAUAUGACACUGGAGAAACGAAAGACAUUCACCUGGAAAUGGAGAAUCUGGUGAAUUCCCGAACUACACCCAAGGUGGCUCGCAAUGAGUCUGUGGCCCGCUCGAGCAAACUGCUGAGCUGGUGCCAGAGGCAGACGGACGGCUAUGCUGGGGUGGACGUGACGGACCUCACCACAUCGUGGAAGAGCGGCCUGGCCCUGUGUGCCCUUAUCCACAGAUACCGCCCCGACCUGAUAGACUUUGAUUCUUUGGAUGAGCAAAAUGUGGAGAAGAAUAACCAGCUGGCCUUUGAUGUGGCUGAGAAGGAGCUGGGCAUUUCUCCCAUCAUGACAGGCAAGGAGAUGGCCUCGGUGGGGGAGCCGGACAAGCUGUCCAUGGUGAUGUACCUGACCCAGUUCUAUGAGAUGUUCAGGGACGCACUCCCAUCCCGAGACGCCUUGGACCUGAAUGCUGAGGAGAAAGCUGUCCUGAUCGCCAGCACCAAAUCCCCCAUCUCUUUCCUAAGCAAACUUGGGCAGACCAUUUCUCGGAAGCGCUCUCCCAAGGACAAGAAGGAAAAGGAUGUGGACGGUGCUGGGAAAAGGAGAAAGACCAGCCAGUCAGAGGAGGAGGACGCACCCCGGGGCCACAGAGGAGGAAGGCCCAUGCUGGUGAGCACGCUGACUGACCGGCGGAUGGACAUGGCCCUUGGCAACCAGAACAAAGUGAAGUACAUGGCAACCCAGCUGCUGGCCAAGUUUGAAGAGAAUGCGCCCGCACAGUCCACAGGCGUGAGGAGACAGCAGACACAGGAGCGUGGGGUCGGCCAGCCGUCCUGCUUCCUGCCCGAGCAGGGUUGCUCUGCUCCCGCCCCCCGGUGGAAACAGGGCUCGAUAAAGAAGGAGUUCCCACAGAACCUGGGGGGCAGCGACACGUGCUAUUUCUGCCAGAAGCGGGUCUACGUGAUGGAGAGGCUGAGUGCCGAGGGCAAGUUCUUCCACCGGAGCUGCUUCAAGUGCGAGUACUGCGCCACCACCCUGCGCCUCUCAGCCUACGCCUACGACCUUGAGGGCGGUAAAUUCUACUGCAAACCACACUACUGUUACCGACUGUCCGGCUCUGCACAGAGGAAGAGACCAGCAGUGGCUCCUCUGUCUGGAAAGGAGGCCAGGGCACCCCUGCAGGACGGCCCCGCCACAGACACCAGCGGACGCCCCAGCGCCGGUGCCAGCCCUGCCGAGAGAACUCCAGGUUCGAGUGUGAAUGGCCUGGAGGAGCCCAGCGUUGCCAAGAGACUGCGGGGCACCCCGGAGAGGAUUGAGUUGGAGAACUACCGCCUGUCGGUGAGGCAGGCAGAGGGGCUGCAGGAGGUGCCCGAGGAGACGCAGGCCGAGCACAACCUGAGCAGCGUGCUGGACACAGGGACAGAGGAGGAUGUGGCCAGCAGCAGCUCUGAGUCUGAGAUGGAGGAGGAGGAGGAAGAGGAGGAGGAGGCCCCGCUGCCCACCUCGGACCUGGGUGGCGUCCCCUGGAAGGAGGCGGUGAGGAUCCACGCUCUGCUGAAGGGGAAGAGUGAGGAGGAGCUGGAGGCUUCCGGGAGCUUCGAGCCCGGGGACGAGGAGGAGGACGAGGACGAGGACGAGGAAGACGAGGAGGAGGAAGACGAGGAGGAGGAGGAGUCCAGUGAAGCCGGCAGCCAGCGGCUACAGCAGAACACAAGUCCAGCCGAUCCCUUGGAGAUCCAGGCUGAUGUGCACUGGACACAUAUUCGCGAGAACAAGGAGCAAGUGGUCCCAGCCUCUGAGUCCUCUCCUUCUGGAGUGCCCGACCUUCCCUGCGUACGCCGUGCAGCGGUGCAGGCCUGGCUGGAGGCGGUCUCCGGAGCUCCUUUUGACGAGGAGGAGCUGGAGGAAGAUGCGGACUCAGAACCGGCGGAGAGAGAAGGGGAGGCUGUGGAGAACGGGGACACGGGGGACACCGGUGCUGAGCUGGACGAUGAUCAGCACUGGUCUGACGACGCCCCGUCCCUGUCAGAGGCCGGCACGGAGCUGCAGGUGCAGCACCAGGUGGCGACGGGAGCGGGGCUGGAGCUGAGGGUGUCGGAAGGCGGGGAGGAGACACCUCCCGCCACAGCAGGGCGCGGAGAGAGAGGUCCCUGUCAUGUCUCCAGCCCCAUCUGGCCCCCUGAGGAGCAAGCGGCCCUGCCAUCCCCAGCCCACAGCCCCGGGGCACAGAGCGCCCAAGCCCUUCUGGUCUCUGCUGUUUCUGCUACCACUGGGGUGGGGCUACCCACGGACAGCCCCGUGCCUGAGCCCCCAGCCCCCCAUGGGGAGCCCACAGCCAGACCACCUGUCCAGUUGCAGCCGGAAGCCAGGACGCCACCCUCGCCUGCCAGCCCACAGCACCGGUCCCCGCUGGCCUCCCUCCCCAUCUGCUCUCAGCCCCAGCCCUCCUCCGAGGCCACUGUGCCAUCCCCCACUGUGUCCCCUAUACGCUUCCAGCCCGUGCCAGCCAGAACAUCCACCCCACUGGCCCCCCUCCCCGCAAAGAGGCAAGGGGACACCGAGGACACACUGGGCAGCCCCCUUGCUGGGGAUGAGGCCCUGAGGCGCAGCGACCUGGUGGCGGAGUUCUGGAUGAAGAGCGCUGAGAUCCGCCGCAGCCUGGGGCUCACGCCCGUGUGUCGGGGCCCCACACCCACCCUCCAGCCCGUGUCCCCAAAGGUCUACACAGCUGAGAAGUCCUCACAGGGUGAAGGGCUCCAUCUCCUGAAGCCCCCACCUAUCCCCACCCCUGGGUCCCCACCCGAGAGGGAGCUGACGAGUUCGCGGGAGGAGCACAGAGAUCCAUCCAGCAGCUCCGGGCUGGGCCUGCAGGGCAGCUCCUCCCACACCAGGACGCCAGGCAGCCAGAGCCUCAACACCUCGGACUCCACCAUGCUCACACCCCCCUCCAGCCCGCCACCCCCACCCCCCGACGAAGAGCCCGCGACCCUUCAUAGGAGCAGGAAGCCAGCCCUCGUUGGGGAGCCCCAAGCCCUGCCACCCCCACCAGUCACCCUCACUCGGCCCCACCGGGAACCCACCCAGCCCCACCGUGAGGAGGUGCGGAAGUCAUUCGUGGAGAGCGUGGACGAGAUCCCCUUUGCGGACGAUGUGGAGGACACGUAUGACGACCGGACAGAGGACUCAAGUCUGCAGGAGACAUUCUUCACACCCCCCUCCUGCUGGGCCCUACCCGAGAAGCCACCCCAGCUGCCCCAGGCCAAGGAGAAUGGUAGGGGGCCGCCAGUGGAGAGUGGGGCCCAGCCGCAGAAGCGGGGGCUGCCACUGGUCUCCGCAGAAGCCAAGGAGCUGGCCACCCAGCGCAUGCGGGCCCGGGAGAAGUCUGUGAGGAGCCAGGCCCUGAGGGAUGCCAUGGCCAGGCAGCUGAGCCGGAUGAAGGAGGACACGGUGGCCACGACCCCCAAGAACCCCCGGGCCCCUGCGUCCCUCGGAACUGCCGCCGGCCCCUCUCAGGGCAGGGGGCCUGGCCCCCAGGGCCCUGCGGAGCCCACCCUGAGGCACGAGGCCGUGAGCGAGGAGGUCCCGUGCCCUCCCUCGGACUCAGGGGGCCCAGACGGCUCGGUCACCUCGUCUGAGGGCUCCAGCGGGAAGAGCAAGAAGCGGUCGUCACUCUUCUCUCCCCGCAGAAACAAGAAGGAGAAGAAGCCCAAGGGUGAGGGCCAGCCCCCAGAGAGGCCCAGCCCCAGCCCCCUGGAGGAGGGAGCCGCCAAGCCCAGGUCCCUGUGGAAGUCUGUCUUCUCCGGGUACCGGCGGGACAGGAAGAAGAAGGGGGACGACCGGUCCUGCUCCAGCACCCCUUCCAGCGGGGCCACCGUGGACACCAGCCAGCCCAGGGCGUCUCCUGUCGUGAGAGCAGAGCUGCAGUCGCGGCACCAGCGGAGCUGCUCAGAGGACUCGGACCUCUCCAGCGAUGACAUCCUUGAGAGGGCCUCCCAGAAGUCCAGGCGAGAGCCAAGAACUUACACAGAGGAGGAGCUGAACGCCAAGCUGACCCGGCGGGUGCAGAAGGCAGCUCGGAGGCAGGCCAAGCAGGAGGAGCUGAAGCGUCUACACCGCGCCCAGAUCAUCCAGCGGCAGCUGGAGCAGGUGGAGGAGAAACAGCGGCAGCUGGAGGAGAGAGGGGUCGCCGUGGAGAAGGCGCUCCGAGGGGAAGCAGUUGAGCCCAGUGGCGGGACUCCACGGCGUCGACCUCUCUCCUUCUGCCCUUGCUGUGUCCAGGAAGGCAUGGGCAAGAAGGACGAUCCCAAGCUCAUGCAGGAGUGGUUCACGCUGGUGCAGGAGAAGAACGCGCUGGUGCGCUAUGAGUCGGAGCUGAUGAUCUUUGCCCGGGAGCUGGAGCUGGAGGACCGGCAGAGCCGCCUGCAGCAGGAACUCCGCGAGCGGAUGGCCGUGGAAGAUCAUCUGAAGACAGAGGAGGAGCUGUCGGAGGAGAAGAGGAUCCUGAACGAGAUGCUGGAGGUGGUGGAGCAGAGAGAUGCCCUCGUGGCCCUGCUGGAGGAGCAGCGGCUCCGGGAGAAGGAGGAGGACAAGGACCUGGAGGCCGCCAUGCUAUCCAAGGGCUUCAGCCUGAACUGGUCCUGAGUGCCGCCCAGGCCCUGGCUGGUCUGUGCAUCCACCCGACCCAGGCUGGGUUCUCCCAAGGUCCGAGAAGGCCUGGCGCCUCCUGGGAGUUUGCACUCAAGUGUCUGUGUGCCUCUGAGAAGCGGUCAAGCGUCCAUGCUGUGGGGCGCCCCAGGUGAAGACGGUUGUCUGGGUGGCUCAGCCUCCUUGGGAGAGGCCACCUAGACCUCGCGCUCUGGAGAGAGGAGCAGGGAGCGUGCGACGUGGGUGUGGGGAGGGAAACCUGAGUCCUCAGCAGGGUGCCGGUGAGGAUACGGGGACCCCACAGGCGUGUCUAGCGGCAGGACGUGGCUCCUCCCGCUCCCAAGGCACUAACCAGAAGCGAGGCGUGACGGGGCCCCGGGGGAGUGGCCGUGGCGGGGAAGCCGAGGCUGGGCUUGCUCCGGCUCCAGACUCGUCACGCGGUCAGGAGGCCCCGUGGCCUGAGGCCUGAGGCUGCUGCAAUUCGCUGUUAGUUCACAACACUGGAAAAUAAUGCCUUUGGGGGCGAGAUAGGGCCCUGCGUCCCGGCCCUGCGGUUGGACAGGCUUGUCCUGGGCGCCUCACUUUGGGUGAAGGCUCUGCUCCUCCCUUCGUUGUUCCUGUGUUUGCACCGAAUGAAGCUGACAGCCUGGCGAGACGCACGGUAGCUUCAUAUCCUCUCUGUCAAUUAACUUAUUUUUUCAGUACUUGAAGCAACUUCAUUUUUGUAUCUUUACCAGAGACACUGAUGGCCUGGCACCCGGGGUGGUGGUACAGAGGUGUGUCCCCACCAACCGAGCUGGUCGCUCUGUUUAUUCCCCUCCUCCGUAAGGUUGCUGCCCCGGAGGCCCCGGGUCAGCUGAGACCCCCACGUGGGUCCCGGCGCGUGGUGCCUGUCCUCCACCCGGCGCCUGACGUCUGCGUCUGCACUGCUUGCUCGUCAAGGACACGUUUCAGCACCGUGGGAGCCAGGCCACACAGCUUAGGUGCCAUCGGCCCUCCCUGUUGAAAUCCUGGCUCUGCAAAACCCACUUUUUCUCCUCAGUUUUGGUGCCAAGGUUUCACCUCCCACAACUCUUACUAAAGAAAGUUCUAGGCUGGCUGUACCAGCAGGUGUGGGACCCUGCUCGGACCCACCUAGCGGAGAUGCGCUGUCACGGCAUGGGAAGGGCUCUGGCCUGAGCCCUGCACACACAUCCUGGGGGCACCAUGGAGCCGGCUUCUGCCGUGGGUCAGCCAGGGACCAGCUGUGUCCAGCUCACAGCCACUUUCAGAAUCCACGGGGCUGUGCUUGCCGCAGAGCAGGAGCGCACGUCCAGCCGGGAGCGUUCCCAUCAGUGCCAGGCCAGCGUGAGGCCCUCUGGCCAAGUCCUGGUGGGGAAGAGAGGCCUCAUGGCCAGACAGGUGGGGCAUCCACAGGAACCACCGCGUGCCUCAGCUUAAAGUCAUUCUCACCGCAGAGGAACAGAAAGCUGUCUUCUUUGCUUCGUCCAAAGCCACUGCGCUCUCCUGUGGAAUCCAGGAGAUGUGCUGCCCCAGCCACCACAGUGUUGACCUGGCCUCCCCACUGCCCACUCUCUGAGUGAGGGGAUAGGUCUCCAGUUUCAGUCUCUGUUCUUAAAGGGGGACCGGAGGGUGGUCUAGAUUCCAUCUUUAAGCCCCAAUUGAUCGCCCGUGUGGCCUUUGCCUGACCUUCCGCCCACCUAGCAGGUGCUCCGUGCCUGCUGGGCCCGUCCCUCGCAGUCCCUGCCCACCCGGGAUGAGGACGGAUUUACAGAGUGGCUGGAAAAGACGCUGGAUCCAGCUGUGAGGCCUGACGCAGCAGGAGCACCAGGUGCUGGGCCCGCCCUUGCUGCCAGCCAGUGCCCCAGCCAGAGAAGCGUGUGGGGCCUGACGAGCUCAGCCGGCCCAGCCCCCGGCAGCGUGGUAACCGCAGGGUCUAGGAAGCACUUUUCCCAAGCUCCCAUUUUGUAACCACUACUUGCAGGUCCUUUUUGUGCCCUGCUGACGUGCUGCAUCGGUGUGUCUGACUCUGGACAUGCACGCAGCCCUUCCCGAGAGCCAGGCCCCCUUGAAGGCUGGGCGGCAGGCUCUCUGUGAAACGCCAGUGUGUGAGCCCAAGCCCCAGGCCAGGGCAGGGCCACCAGGUUCAGGUCCGGCUGAGGGGCAGCCCUGCUCAGAUGGCGUCCUCUGGCCUCUGCCCCCGGAGCCGUCCUCCAGCUGUCCUUGACCAGCAACGAGACACUAUCUUUUCAAAAGAGCAGGACUUUUUUUUAGUGGGGCAGAACAUGGAGAGUUUAAAGAAAAAGAUUAAAGGUGGUAACAACUAAUCUACAAAGGGAAAUGGGCCAUUUUGUGCACAAUAAAAGUUUUUGAAAGAAA